AUGGCAGAGCAAACUGACAUGAGGCAGCCCGAAGUGCAAGAAGUACCCGACGAGCCCGCUAGUGCAUUAACCAGGCUCCGGGAGAAUGACCAUAAGGCCUCACAACGAUCUCCUGUACCAACUUCGAUCAACAGUAUAGACGAUGACGUCCUGCGCGAAAUUGUCUUUUGGGCCGUGAUUGCCCAUGACCCGUCGUGGUCUUCCGAGAUACCCGUCCCUAUGCCAGGCAAAACUAUCCACUUGCGUGCGGGAGCCAUGUAUAGACUCGCAUUAGUCUCUAGACGGUUCAAAGAAACCGUCUAUGGUCAUGCUAUUCUCUGGGCAAACAUCGCGGGUCUACCAAAGACCGUGGAUGGAUUCAAUCUUGUGCUACAAAGAUCCCGCCGAGUCCCUCUCACUCUAGUCACCAAUUGGUGGGGUAUUUCUGAGCCGCAAUACGACUUUGCGAUAAAGCAUAUGGAUCGCAUCGGCACUCUCAGCGCUGCUUCAGAUCGUGACUGGCAUUCAUUCUUGUCGGGACGAAGCGCACCUGCUUUGACGGCGCUUUAUCUGGAGGCCGUGUCAUCCAAAUCUGAAGCCGGAGUGAAACUCGAUUCGCCUGCCCUUGAUGCGCCACAACUACGCUUUCUCUACAUGCGUAACUCCUACAUCCCGAUCGUGGCCCCUCGACUUGAGGAACUCAACUUGUUCCAGUGUGCCAAGUUAUUGUCGCCCGCCAGACUUUUGGAUAUCCUAUCAUCUACUCCUCAUCUUCGUCGGCUGUCGCUCACCUCCACCUUGCCACCCACGAGGACCAAUCCGAAACGCUGGAUGUCGGGUGAAGCUGGACGGGAGAUUCAUCUCCCAUGUCUAGAGCAGCUGUAUCUGCGAUAUGUUCGCUGCGACACUGUUGUCAAGUUUAUGUCUCACUUUGUGGUCCCCUCAGAAGCUGGGAUAGAGAUAGCACUCAAUGUAUUGGAAGAGGUCUCCCAGAUACAAGCCGUGGGCCAGGCCCUCCGACCCUUCUUCUCGCAGCCUAGCUACGACUCGCUCCGCAUUCGCGAGGACUCGUACAUGGCGCUCUCUACUCGGGGCUCUUUAGCCGAUUCACCCCUCAUUCUGCUCCGGGGCCCCUCGCGUGUUGAGCACAUCUUUGACUACAUCAAAGAGCUCGCGCCUUUCUUCCUCCCGCGCCACAUCACCACCCUCGACCUCGGUCUUACCUGCGAGGCAAGAUCAUACGACGGAGAGAAGGUCCAGAAAGCUCUACUGAGGAUCGCACCGUCAGUCCAGACUUUGUCCGUAGAAGUCAGAGAGCGACUGGAGCUGUCAUUCUUAACCGACGAGCUGUCGUGGGUGAAGUUUCCCGCGCUCCGAACGCUCAAGAUCAACUGGCUCGAUCAAGUGCAGAAGAAAGGGCGCGGGCGGAAAGAAUGGGAUGGAUUGCGCGCAUGGAUGAAGCGCGUCGGCGCUAAGCAGCUCGAGACGCUGUACCUUGAUGGGUGGAAGCAUCCUGACGACAACUGGUGCCUCGCGCGCAUCAAGGAGACGUUGGCGGAGCAGAAGAGCAAGUGCGAGAUCGUGGACGAACGUGGGGAGUUCCAUAUGUUGAUCGACUACACGCCCGUAUUUGGUCCGCCACGGGUCUUCAUGGCAUAG